AUGUCAAAUGAAACAGCGUCUAUGAGAGAAAUACAACACAACCGACAACUCAUUAUACAAGCUCUAAAUAAGAACACAACAAACUUUUCAAACUAUUCUAAGAUAUCUGAGUCAUUGAAAGAAGGAAACUUAAAACUGACAUUAAACCCAAUGACAGAUGAGUUUCUGUUUCAAGACAAUAAGAACCAUACUGUCUGUAUAAAUCCAACAAAAGGAACUUUAAACGAGAAACCUAUAAAUGAACUUCUUUUGAAAGCAGAUGUUGGCAACAAAGCUGACAAAGAAUAUGUAGACGAUGCAAUAGCAAAAGAAGAAGAAAGAGCUAACAAAGCUUAUGCAACAAAAGAACAUACUCAUCCUGAACUAGCAGACAAAAAAUAUGUUGACAAUAAAAUGUCAAGUGAAGUGACAAGAGCUGAAAACGAAUAUUCUAAAAAGACUCAUACACAUUCUAUAUCUGAAAUAACAGACUUACAAGAAACCUUAGAGACAAAAGCAAAUAAGACUCAUACACAUACCAUUGCAAAUAUUACAAACUUACAAGAAACCUUAAACAGGAAAAGUGACGUUGGACAUACACAUACCAUUGCAAAUAUUACAAACUUACAAGAAACCUUAAACAGGAAAAGUGCCGUUGGACAUACACAUACCAUUGCAAAUAUUACAAACUUACAAGAAACCUUAAACAGGAAAAGUGACGUUGGACAUACACAUACCAUUGCAAAUAUUACAAACUUACAAGAAACCUUAAACAGGAAAAGUGCCGUUGGACAUACACAUACCAUUGCAAAUAUUACAACUUACAAGCAAACCUUAAACAGGAAAAGUGACGUUGGACAUACACAUACCAUUGCAAAUAUUACAAACUUACAAGAAACCUUAAACAGGAAAAGUGCCGUUGGACAUACACAUACCAUUGCAAAUAUUACAAACUUACAAGAAACCUUAAACAGGAAAAGUGACGUUGGACAUACACAUACAUCUUCUGAAAUAACAGACUUAAACGUUAGCCUUGAAAAGAAAGCAGAUAAAACAUAUGUCAAUGAAAUAUACCAAAGUUUAGUUGGAACAAAAAAUAUUGAAACUAUGGUUGGUGACUUUUCUGUCAAUGAAGAAAACAAAUAUUUUAGAUGGGAGUUUGUACAUUCCUUAGAAAAUGGUACACGGUAUAAACUCAUUCCGAAAAAUAACAAUGAAAUGUAUGUAAGCUAUAAAAAGAAUGAUGGUACACAAGUUAAAGUUCCAUUAGACAACAACUGCUACUUAAACUUAUAUGGAGACGAACAAAAGAAAUAUUUAAGAGUUUAUGAAAUGGCAGAUAUGACAUUGCCUGACCCAGCUCCAGCACCAUAUUAUUAUGACUAUGGAGAUGACGUCAGAACACCACAU